AUGGGUAGUGGCAAUGGCACAGCAGUAACUGAGUUUGUUUUGCUGGGGUUCUCGGGUUGUGGUCCCCUUCGGGGUCCUCUGUUUUGGGGGGUGCUUUGCAUCUACCUGGUCACCUUGCUGGGCAACUCCCUCAUCAUCUUCCUCACGCUGGCAGACCGUGCCCUGCACUUGCCCAUGUAUUUCUUCCUUCGCCACUUCUCCACGGUGGAAAUCCUCUACACCACAACCGUCGUGCCUAGGAUGCUGGCUGAUCUCCUUGCCUCCUGCCCCACCAUCUCACCUGCCAGCUGCUUCACCCAGCUGUAUUUCUUUGCCCUCUUUGGCAUUGCUGAAUGCUGCUUGCUCACUGCCAUGGCCUAUGACCGCUACGCUGCCAUCUGCCGGCCGCUGCAUUAUACUACUCUGAUGAACCAGGAAGCUUGUGUGAGCAUGGCAGGGGCCUCCUACCUCAUGGGCAUCAUUACAGGCACCACUCACUCCCUCUUCAUCUUCACUUUGCCCUUCCGUGGUGCCAACACAAUCCACCACUUCCUCUGUGACAUCCUGCCUGUGCUGAGGCUGGCUAGUGCCAGCACCUUCUGGGGCGAAGUGGGCAAUCUUGCCGUCACAAUAGCCUUUAUCCUGACCCCCUUCUUACUACUGAUCGUAGCCUCCCAUGCCUGCAUCCUUGCCACCCUCCUUGGGGUCACAACAUCCCAGGGACGUCGAAAAGUCUUCUCUACCUGUUCCUCCCACCUGUUUGUGGUCAUACUCUUUUUUGGGACUGGGACUGUUGCAUAUAUGAGGCCUUGGGCAGGCUCCUCUCAGGACACAGACCAGAUCCUUGCUCUCUUCUACACAGUUGUCACUCCUGUGUUCAACCCUUUUGUCUACACUCUGAGGAACAAGGAGGUCACGGGGGCAAUGAGGCGGCUUGUGAAGAGAUACCUUUGGAGCCCUUGA